GGUGGGGCAUCGCCAAAAAAAUGGUUGGGAACCGCUGAUCUAAACCUUCCGUCCCAUCUUUGUUCAACUCAGCUAUGAAUGAGAUUGGAUCCUACACUUCAGUCUCAAAUUCUUCAAGAACUAAGGGCAAAGCUGAUUUCAUCAAUAUGGUGAUGAACAUUCAAGUUCAAGAUCAAGAGAGUUGAUUGUCAUGUGUCCCAGAUAGGACAAUGAAAUUCUUGCUUUGCUUCAAAACAUUGAUGUCAAAUGUGGAAACAAGGAACUGCAGAUGAUGGUUUACAAAAGGACACAAAGUCCUGGAGUAACUCAGCAGGUCAGGCAGCAUCUUCAGAGAACAUGGAUAAGUGACGUUUUGGUUCAGACAUAUUGAUAUCAAGGGUAUGGAUUCUAAACAGUCCCUGAGGUAAUUCAAACAGGAUUUUGGGUAUCGAGUACAAAGGCUGGGACUUUUUUUGGUGGCAAAGUUGGAUCAACAUGCUACAGCUGUUUAAGUCGUUGGUGAGACCACACUUGGAGCACGGUGUGCAGUUGUGGUCACCCAGCUACAGGGAGGAUGUCAUUAAGUUGAAAAUGGUGCAGAAGAGAUUCACCAGAAUGGUGCUUGGGCCUGCGGGCUUGAGUUAAGGGGAGAGGGACUUCAGUUUAGUUUAUUGUCACGUGUACUGAGGUACAGUGAAAAGCUAUUGUUGCAUGCUAACCAGUCAGCAGAAAGAAAAAAAUACAUUACAAUUGAGGCAUUUACAGUGUAUAGGUACAUGAUAAGGGAAUAAUAAUUCUAGCAGGAGGGUGAUGGGUGCAUUCAACAAGCUUGCAUUGGAGGUCGCUGAGGCAGGUACUGUAACAGCAUGUUGGUCAGCAUGGACAAAUUGGGUCGAAUGGACUGUUUCCAAGCUGUAUGGCACUAUGACUAGUGUUUCUGAUAUUAGCUUCGCAUCCAUCUUGGCUGCGGACCAGAUUAUCCAGUAUUAAUAUGAACUUAAAUAACAUGACAAAUUUUACAAUAUUAUGUGUGGCUUUUAGCCAUUCCUUUAAAAUGAUUAAAUGGACACCAAGCCAUAUUUGUUAUGUAUUAUUCUCAUAGUUACACAGUACAAGUGCAAGUGCCUUUGAAAUGUUGUUGUCGUAUGUGUCUCCACCACCUCCUUUGGCAGCUCGUUCCGUAUCUUCAUAUCCACCCUAUCUAUUCCCCUCAUGAUUUUAUACAUCUUGAUGAGACCACCCCUCAUCCUGCUGCUGUCCAAAGAAUAGAGACCUAGCCUGUCCAACCUCUCCCUGUAUCUCAGGCCCUCGAGUCCGAACAACAUCUUUGCAAAUUUCCCCAGCACUCUUUCCAACCUAUUCCUCAAUUUAUAUUGUGCUUAUAUAAUGAAGCCGUGAAUCUGUAAACAUAGACUUAUGCAAAAGACAUGAAAAGAUGCCCCGCAUUUCAAAAUGCUACAAAUUGGGAGUGGUGUAGUGUGGGGAAAGAUCACAGCACGAUGAUGAAAUAACCCACUCUGGGGACUUUAAUUUGAACCAUCUGAGUGCUUGCAGUGAUAUCAACAAGUUUGGAGCAUUCCUAAUCGCUCAACUCUUCAGGCACACGCAGAACCACAGGAAUAUCCUCUGCUAUUCAUUGUAUUCCUCUAAUUUAGGGGGUUGCACUCGAUGCCAUGCUGCUACUGGCCUUUCUACUUCUCUUCAAUCAAAGUUUUGCAAGUCACAGGGCUUUGGACAAUGACACGUGCAAGAUUGAAAUCGCCAGGCUCCGCCUACAACUGCAAAACAUGCAGAAUCAGUUCCUGCUUGGAACUUGGCGGCUGAAGUAUCUAAAGGCGGACAAUCGAUACUGGAUAAAUGAACACACCAAAACAAGAAGGAAGGAGCAAGUAGCCGACAUUGAUCCAAAUCUGUUGAUGUAUCACCAUGAUUGCUCGGAGGUGUAUAACAGUGGCAACACCACGAGUGGGUAUUACACACUGAAGCCAUGGUCUGCUGCCGACCCAUUCGUAGCCUACUGCGACAUGUCGGAGGGCGGAGGUUGGACUGUCAUCCAACGGCGCAGCAACGGCAAAGUCAACUUUAACAGAGGCUGGGAUGACUACAAAUCUGGCUUUGGGUUGUUUCAACGGAGGAAUGAUGAGUAUUGGCUUGGAAAUGAAAACAUACACCAGAUCCUGGCUCCAGGAAAGUACAUAAUGAAGGUCGACCUGACAGAUUGGAACGGAGAAGAACGAUAUGCAACGUAUGAGAAGUUUAACAUUUCAGAUGAAAAGGAUAAGUACCGGCUGUGCUUCGGAAGCUACAUUGGCACGGCAGGAGAUGCGUUGUCGGGAGGCUUGAUCCCAUGGGAGCAGUGGUCAUCUUCUCACAACGGGAUGCAGUUCAGUACAUCCGACCACGACAACGACCGGUACACUCAGGGCAGCUGUGCACACGAAGGCAGAAGCGGCUGGUGGUUUAACAGGUGCCAUGCGGCCAACCUUAAUGGUAAGUAUUAUCGCCGUGGCAACUACAGCGCCAAGAACGACAACGGGGUCGUGUGGAACACGUGGAGAGGCUGGUGGUACUCUCUGAGGUUCACCAGCAUGAAAGUCCGCCCACUCUACUACUUAGCUGAAUUGGGAAGCGGGGACUACGACAAUAUUAUUGGCUAAUACUUACUCUGAAGCAACUGCAUUUCCAUCUCAUUCUCAAAAUUAUUUUGUCUAAAUAAUGGAAAAUAUAUUUGGCAGCCAAACUGUAUACAAUGAGCCCCGAUGUAGUGGCUAAUAUUCUCUAUAUUUUUUUUACAGUAAAUUGUUUCUCUAAUUUUGAUUGCAAAAUGACAACCCUUUACAAUAGAUCGGCCAUGAUCGAGUGGUGGAGCAGACUCGAUGGGGCCCAAUGGCCUAAUUCUGCUCCUAUGUCUUAGUGAGUGGACAUGUUCUACAAAAGGACUGUUUGUUAGGGUCAUCUUAAAGGCGCAGGUUGGUGCUGUACUGAGAAAAGAAAUUGACACAUGCCACUUGAAAGAACCGAUAACCCCCC